UUUCAGAAUCAAGAAACGACAUUGGGUAACUGUUGGAAUCUUGAAGAUUGUGGGAAGAUAAACUGAGAUUUGAGGAAAUUGCAACCUAAUCAACACCGAGAAGCGUCGGACGACUCGCAGGCCAUCACUUCCGUCGAUUCCACCAACGAUCGACGAGAUGAGCAGUAGUGUUGGACAUGCUCGAAGCAGGAGACCAUCUCUGCACAAUGAUUGGACAAAUGAGCACGCUCAGAGGAAUGCAUUAGAUAAUCGCAUUCAUCACAUUGACAUCGAUCCACCGCAGAUCAACUAUUUCAUCGCAGUUUUUAAGGAUUUGGACGAUCGAGAGAAAGAUUCCGUCGAGCAUAUUAGAUUCGAUUGUAAUCAACUGAUUUAUGAAGUUUUUGAACCGUUCCUCCGUAUCCGAGGCCUUACCAUCAAUGAUGUGGAAUUCUUCCUCGAGAAGAGCUCAACCCCGAUUCCAGAAAACUCGGGAGCACGCUUCCUGGCUGGCCAGAGAAUUUUCGUUAGAGGACGAGGGAAUAUGAAAGUGGUGAGACACACACGGGCCACACACAGUAUGGACGAAAGUAACGAGCGAGCAACGAGAAAAAUGAGCGCUGAAGCUGUUUCGAGGAAGUCAUCGUUUGUCAAUAGCAGAAUUCUCAACCGUGGUUCUCGAAAUCAUCCAGGAUUGAAUGGAAGUGAUGACGCCGAAUGUCGGAGCAAUGACAGCUCGUUGAGUGUACGCGACAGUUGGCAAUACGACGAGCCAUCGUGUUCCGAAGUUCCAGACGACGGUGGCACCCGACGCGCCCGAUCAGUAACCUCUUCGCGUAUUUCUUUGUUCUUCGGCAAAGAAACCGGGAAAAUCGAAAAGGAAAUGUUUAGAAUAUUGAAUCAAAAGAAAGAGGACACCGAUCUAGAGUACCCGACGUAUAAGCUGGAGAAAGAUUGGCGGGAGAUUGUGCAUAAUCACGAGAGUUUGUCGGACAAGAGUAUCAAGCAACAAGAAGCUAUUUGGGAGAUUGUGACGACUGAAUUUAGAUAUAUCAAGCUUCUCCGUUACCUGUCGAAUUUGUCCUUUUACCUUACGGAUCUUCAAAAUUGCGGGUUUUUGAAAGAUAUCGAAAAUCGUCUAGUGUUCUUCAAUUUCGUUACACUUUUCAAUGUGAAUUACGACUCCCUGUGGCUCCAGUCGAUUGAGCCAAUCCUUGCGAAAUCUCGUGAAACUGGAGAGCCCCUUGACGUGAACUACCUGCAAAAUGGGUUCAGAGACAUUGAGAACUGGUCGAGGUGCUACACGAACUUCCAUCUGGCUCACAGUGAUUCACUGAAACAUAUUCAGAAGAAGCUAAAAGAGAGCGAGAAUUUUAGGGAUUUUGUGACGUGGGCCGAAGCGCAGGAAAACUUGGAUCGUCAGAAGCUGAUCGACACGUUUUCGGUUCCAAUGCAGCGGUUAACCAGAUACAAUUUAUUGCUGAAAGCUGUCCUGAAAGUCACCACCGACGAGAACGAACGAGAAAUGAUCAGCAACCUUGUGGAUUGCGCCGAGAGUGCCACAGCACAACUCAACAAGGAGUUGAACAACAACGACUUGAGAGCAAUGCUUGGAGAUGUGAUGCGAACGAUUGAAGGACCGGACUAUGUGGAUCAGGAUGAACUUGAAAGACUGUUCAACUUGAAGCUUCCACUGAAUCUUGGAGACUUUAUGCCACUUCUUCACCCCAGAAAACCAACCCAUCGAACACUCAUUUAUAGGGGAGACCUUAGAAUGCAGGAGGGGAAGAAAGGAUCAAAAGCCGAUGUGCAUUGUAUCAUCUUCACCGAUAUGUUUCUGAUUUGUCGGAAAGUUCAAGGAAAGAAGGAUCGUCUGAAGAUUUUGAAGCCUCCAAUUCACAUGGGAAAGAUGAUGUUCCACUAUUUCGCCGAUCAGAAUGGAUUCUACUUGGUUCAUCUCACCGACUUCCACACCGCGCAGGCUCUUUACUCGAUGCACACGUCGGGGCCAGAAGAUACACUUCGAUGGACCGACAUGCUGAAAAUGGCACUGGAUGAGUUCAAGAAGAUCCAUAGAGAUUCAUGGUCACAGCAGAAUCAGCAGGAAUCUCCACUCGAUGAGUAUGGAAGGGGUUUCAUUAUGGAGCCGAGUAGUUUCUAUUCUCAACGAAUGUUGCCACCCGGAUAUGCUCAGCAGCAGAUGCCAGUGAUUCAUAGGAAGUGCAGUAGUAUGGAUUCGCAAGCGGUCGCUGCACAUGCUCAUUUGAACUACAUGCACCGAAGCUCUGCAGUCUCCUCCACUGAACAACUCGAUCGUCACAGUGGCACGGACAGCAUGAAGUGCUCACCACCUCGACAUAAACUAAGUGUUGCAAGCUGCCACGCCAACCCCUUAUCCUCUAGUAAAAGCUCAGUGGAUCUCUAUGUUUCACUUGGAGCUGAAAACGGGGAUAUCGAGCGACCACGAAGCAGAUCCAACUCUUCUGGUCCUGAAAUCGAGGGACUCAAGCAGCGAUCGAGAAGCUCUUCUCCAGAUCAAAAGGAACUAGGAACCCCAGCACAAAUCGGAUCUCCACAGACCAACACUCCGUGUCGAGACUCUCCAACGCUUCUCAUCACGUCUGAUGAUUGUGUUGAGCCAUUACAAUUUGGACGAAGAUUCGAGAAACGAUAUCAUACAGCCGAUGGAAUUGACGUACUGAAGCCUAAAAUAUCAAAGCUGCCUGGAGCCAUCCUAAAACGAUUCUCAUUGAACGGAGGUUCAGGGGCCGUAGGAAGCAGUUGCAAGAAACUGGAGAGCUCGAAAAGGAACUCACAGGCUUCGAAUGCUGCUAGUUUGGACUCUUUCGGAAGUUCCACAAGCGGGAUUUCCACGGCCUCGUCGAAUAACAACGAUCCCAGCAUGGAAACGUUAACGUCAAAACUCUCCCACAUUUCUACCAUUUCAAUCAACGACUCGCCAUCUUCCAUUGACUCUCAGGGCACGCUGAGCAUCAGCUUGGAAGCUCCACCUACAGUUUUAGAGAAAGAUGAAGAUCAACACUCGAUCGAAGUAAGUGUCCCACCGCCGCCAGAGCUUCCGCCGCCGAGCAAGACCCCGUCACCGAACCUUCCAACGCAUAAACCGAACAAAAGUAAAGUUCAUUGUGAGGAACUUAUGAAGUUUAUUCAGGAUAAUCGUCUAGAGACGUCAGACGUCUAACUCCCGCCAAUCAUCACAAUUUUCCUCAAAACGAUCAGUUUUUGUAUAUACUAGCAACUGCCCACUUCAAAAAAAAAUCGCCAUUUCACAUUUUCUCAUAGUUCCAUAAUUUUUAUUGUUUUCGCAAAAAAGAUAUAUUCCUGCACACAGGUAGUAUUAUAAAAUCGGUAAUACGCGCACUGUUUCUUGUGAUAUAAAUUGAAUUUCUUCCUAAAUACGAACUAAUUUUUUCUUGCAUAUUUUUCCCCUUACAACCCCUUAACUUUCGCACUUUUUGCCCCUACUUUGUUUAGAUGUAAUUAAUAAAUGCAUUUUAAUAU